AUGGCUACCGACACUAUGAGAAUAUGCACGGUCUGUGCAUCUAAUAACAAUAGAUCCAUGGAAUCUCAUAAACAACUUCGAGACGCCGGAUUCGAUGUCAGCUCAUUCGGAACGGGUUCUUCAGUGAAACUUCCAGGACCUUCAAUAGACAAACCCAAUGUUUACGAAUUUGGUACGCCAUAUGAGAGAAUCUACCAGGAUUUGAUAUCACAGGACUAUAGAAAGAUGUAUGAGGCAAACGGCUUAAUAUCCAUGUUGGACAGAAACAGACAAGUCAAGAAAGCACCAGAAAAAUGGCACGCCAAUGCAGCAUCGGGAAAGUUUGAUCUUGUCAUUACUUGUGAGGAGAGGUGCUUUGAUUCCGUGCUUGAGGACCUCAUGAUGAGAAUGAACAACAAGCCCGAAGAGGCUGAAGAGAAAGACGUUCGCCUGGUAGUCCAUGUGAUCAAUGUGGACAUUAAAGACGAUAACGAGAACGCCAAAAUCGGUGGUAAAGGCAUUGUCAAAUUGGUCAAGAUGAUUCAUGAGUAUAGAGAGAAGGAGAAACAGAGAAAGAUCAACGAGGGCGACGAGGACCAGUAUCCUGUUAUAAUGGAAGACGAGAUCAUGAAGAUCCUAGCGCAAUGGCAGCUCGACCAUGUUCACUUACCCACGCUCUACAGCCUUUACAACAGCAGGGCUAUUAGGACAGAGAUAGUCGAUCCAAGUUUCAACGACGGUAUCCUUAGUAUUCCAGAGUUCCUUUCAUCAAGAGAGUAUGAGAUCAAAGCAUUCGAACACAGUCAAUUGAACACCAAAUAUGCCUCGUCUAACCGAGUUUUCCAGAGUCUUCCCAGGACACUUCGUCGAAGAACGGCCUCGCAUAACGUGAAGAGAGUACCCAAGAGAAUGAGGAACAAGGCAUUGAGAGAGAUGCAGAGCACCAUCAAUGGCGUUCCUCCAAAGGAAAAACAGCCUCGAGGCCGAGAAAGGUACAGACUUAAACAACAGAAGAAGCUUCUAUUGGUGGCCUCGAAAAUUAAAAAGCUUCGAGGAAUUGCAGCGGCAAACACUGGGAAAACUAUACCCCAGAGGCUCAAAGAGCUUAACGUUCAGUUGACUGAUUUACAACGAAAGAAGCUCAAGCCGUUGAAUAAUAUUGUCGGUGCAGUUGAUAACUGCUCUACUGGCACAUUAGCGCCUAAACCUCUGGGAAACGUGAAGUAUGGAAGUCGCCAGAAAACGUAUACAUGGCAACCUACGCAUAUAUGGCAUGCCAAGCGGUUCCAUAUGAUGAAAAAAUGGGGGUUCCAAAUUCCCUUUAGCCCGAACCAGAAAUGUUUCAGAGCUACCAGUCGAGCCGCUAAACAGGGAACUGUACUCUUUGACACUUCCUACUACGGUGAGAUGGUGAUCGAUUGUGUGGAUAUAACGGGGAUCGAAGCUGUCUUACUGGAAUUGACCAAAUACAACUCGCCAGUGCCUCAAUGGCUUUUAAAAGGCGAGAAAGCCUACUCUGGGUGGAUCUUUGCAGCCAACCAAAAGAUUUGCCCAGGCAUGGUCAUUGUCCAUGAUAAACUGCUCCUCUUACGGGUUCACCCCUCUGUCUAUGAGCAGGUUUUCAAUCACUUAGUCAAUUUCGCCAAAGCUUUAAAAGCAACCGUGACCGACUGCCGUUACGCCAUUGGUAGUUUACAAUUGACGGGCCCUACAGCUCUCCAGAUACUCAGCAAAACCAUUCAUUUAAAAGGUGCAAAAGACACUACAUCACUGAACUGGUUGCUCUUUAGCAACUCCAACGACUCUGCUCUCAUACCCGAGGGCACUACAUUUGCAUUUUACGUUGAGGAUCCUAGAUGCUGGAAACGGCCAAUUACUCCUCCACAACCUCCCAGAAACAACAGAGACCUUCUUCUGGUCAUUGCCCUGAAGCAACUGUUCAUAGACAUUGAUGCGAUAACGGGCCUUCUUCAAAGCCAAAGAAGAACAGAUUCCUACAAGGAUAUGUUUUCAAUCAAACAGAUUGGACGAGAGUUUGAUCGCGCAGACCCAUUUUCCCAAAGGAUUCAGAAUAGCAGUGAAAUCCCAUUGCUUAUCACCAAAGGUGCUAAUCAGACGUGGGCUGUGUUAGCUCCAUGGUUCUGGAUUCAGCCUCUCUGGAGCAAGCUCGUCCAAAUUCCUGGUGUCAAAACGGGUGGACUUCGUCAAGAGCAUCAAAUUAACUUUGAGCAAGGAAGACCAACAUUUCCACAUGACUUUCCUUUACUUCCGGAAGGCUACAAGCACAACGAAGCAUUACAGGAGGCGUACUACAUCAAGAGAAGCAAGAUGCCGCCCAGCAAAAGAAAGCCAAUUCCAAUGGAACAAGGUCUUGAAUUAGCAGGAGGUGACUGGUACUUCCUUAGGAAGUGGACAUUCACAUACCCUCUUAUCGAGAAGGACUUCAUUAGAAAGCAUCCUUUUGGAGAAUUCACAGACGCUAGAUUCAGAAAAAUUCUUGACAGAAAUGACGUUCUCACGGUUAUCGAAGCAGUUAGGGAAGAAUGGAAGAGUUCAGGAAAACCCAUGAAGAUGAGCGAGCUUCCAAUAACGUGGUACAAGAAAAAUGACCCCACCCACAAAGCGAUUGUUGAGGGCACGUUCAAGCCUGAUGUCUCGAAGUUCCCAUCCUUGCCUGUUGUCCAAAGAAGAGUGACCUUGACCGGCAAGGGUAUCAUCAGGGACUCUGCCAGAAUCUACGAAAUCCCCGAAGGCAAGGCUAAGGAACCGCAGCUCGAAGAGCUCAUUGGAUUUAUAACAACUGGAACGUUCAAUUUAAGUGAAGGUAAUCCAACUGGUAUCGGGUUCGUUAGUGCAAAGCUGAAGGAUACCAAGAGAGUGUUGGUCAGAAACGUCGGCUGCACAAACUCAUACACUGCCAGAAUUGAAGCCAUCUAG